AUGGCUGACAACAACGACCUUGAGACUGUAACGAAGACUAAGGACCUUUACAAAGCCAUGUAUGAACUUGAGAAGAAGCUGGUCGCCACUCUGAAAGCCGAACUCGAAGAUGCGCGCGAGAAGGAAAAGGCCAUGGGUGCGAAGUAUGAAAACCUCCUCAACCGCAUCGUGCGCGUGGUGCCUGGACACGUGACCGACGUUACAAUCGAAACUGCGAGCCCAUUCAUGGCUGAGGAAACACAAUACCACGCCGAUAAAGCGUGGGAUGAGGCCAUGGAACGCAUCGACAGGGAGUUCGAGAGCGAGUAG